UUCUCGUAGGUCUGUACGGCGUGUGGAGCAUGUUCACUUUGCCUGGCUUCCGCAAAGUCCCCUGGAAACUCAAGUGCUAGCAACAAUUAUGGAAAAAGAAAAAAGUGGUAAGUUUGUAAUAAAAAAAAUUUUGUUUUGUUUUUUUACACAAGGAACUGCGCCAUCAACUGGAGACACCUAAUCAGAAGAGAACUGAGAUUUAUUUAGCUGAAUAGUGCUGCUUUUGCUCAAACAUUCUGCAUGACUUAUUUUUCUCUUUUUAAAUGUAGAUCUUUUGUUGCUGAAAUGUGGAUUUGCACGGUAACAGAUCAAAGUGAAUUUACCAGCUACACAUAAGUCUUUCUGAGUUUGUCAUUGAGAUUUUGUGAAGCUGCUCAGAUGAUGAGGGUGAGGAUGAGUGGGAGUUCAGAUUCAAGGUUGUAACCAAAGCAGAAAAUUGAAGGUUGAGGCAGCUGGAGAGGGAGAAAAUGUUUUAUUAGUUUGAUAUUAUAUUGGACUAUGUUGCAUUGUGUUACUUUCCACAGAACUUAUUAUCUCUGGAACAAAAAACAAAUUCAGCAGAUUUUAUCAUCUUCCGUUUGAGCUCAUAUAUAUUUACUAAUAUAACAGAUGAGGUAAUGUUUACAGUAAUUACUGUCCUUCCUGACCGUACUGACUCUGUGCAUCAGGUCCCAUAUUUGCCCUCCAGCAGGGAUCAGACGCAGAACGUCAUGAAGCUGCUUGAGGGGCGAAGAGGUCGCCUGGCAGAUCUGGGGUCAGGAGAUGGAAGACUGGUGUUUGCUGCCUCCUCUGCUGGCUUUCAGUGCACCGGGUUUGAGAUCAACUCCAUUUUAGUGGCAUACGCCAGGAGCAAGGCUUGCUGGAUCGGAGUCCCCUCCAGCCAGGCAACGUUUGUUAAAAAAGACUUCUGGAAGACAGAUUUGUCUCCGUACAACAAUGUGACAGCGUUCCUUGCUCCAGGAGUGAUGGAGGUCCUGGGAGAGAAGCUCCUGAACGAGCUGCCAGAAGAAGCUCUCGUCAUCUCCUGUCGUUUUUCUGUCCCUAACUGGCCCCAGAAAGCCUCCGUCGGCUCAGGACUUGACCAGACGUUUGCCUACGACAUCAGCAGUGUGCGCUCACAUCUGAGAAUGCAGUCUAUGAACCCACGAGCUGAUCGAUAACUGGCACAGCUCGCUUCACAGAGUGACGUCAGAGAGAGGGCGGCAGGCGGGCGGAGCGCAGAGGGGUUCGGCGGUAUAAAGGCGCGCGGA